GGAAUGUCAUUCCCAGCCCCAUAUCCCACACCGCCUUGAUAAGUUUGGCUCAGCAAGAAAGAGGUCCAGAGGGGGCUUCAGCCACCCUUGUGCUGGGGCAGGGUGGGGGGGCUGGUUGUAGGACAAAGGAGAGCCAGAGAAGGGGCAAGACAAGCCUGCCUGGAGAAAGCAACUGAAGGAGAGUGAUCAUGGAGACCACUUUGGCCCAAGAUGACAGCUUGAAGAAAAAGCAACAAAAGGAAAAAGCUAAGAAAGCAGCCCUGGAACUUCCUCCCAGGCCUCCCCGAUCUCUCUUCUGCCUCACUCUCCAGAAUCCAGUGCGCAAAGCCUGCAUCGCUAUUGUGGAAUGGAAACCCUUUGAGACCAUUAUCCUGCUAACCAUCAUUGCCAAUUGUGUAGCCCUGGCUAUCUACCUGCCCAUGCCUCAAGAUGAUACCAACAAAAUGAAUACAAGACUGGAAAAACUAGAAUACUUCUUUCUUAUAGUAUUUGCCAUUGAGGCAGCGAUGAAGAUCAUUGCCUAUGGAUUUCUAUUCCAUGCAGAUGCCUACCUCCGAACUGGCUGGAAUGUGUUGGAUUUUACCAUAGUCUUUUUGGGCGUCUUUACAGUCAUCCUGGAGAAAAUCGAUGUAAUGGAAAACGCGCUGCUUAGUGGACAAGGCUUUGAUGUCAAAGCUUUGAGAGCCUUUCGAGUCCUGCGGCCCCUGCGCCUGGUGUCGGGAAUACCAAGUCUGCAAGUGGUACUGAACUCCUUAGUCAAAGCCAUGAUGCCUCUGUUUCACAUUGCUGUGCUUGUUGUCUUUAUGAUCAUUAUCUAUGCCAUCAUGGGGCAGGAGCUUUUCAAGGGCAAGAUGCACAAGACCUGCUAUUACAAUGGGACAGACAUCUUGGCUACUGUGGAAGGUGUAAAGCCAGCUCCAUGUACAAGCGCAGGCCAUGGGCGCCAAUGCACUAUCCCCGGUUCUGAGUGCAGGGGCAAGUGGCCAGGACCCAACCACGGCAUCACCCAUUUUGAUAACAUUGGGUUUUCUAUGCUGACUGUCUUCCAAUGUAUUUCCAUGGAGGGGUGGACUCAAGUCCUCUACUGGAUAAAUGAUGCCAUUGGCAAUGAGUGGCCCUGGAUCUACUUUGUUAGCCUCAUUUUACUUGGGUCGUUUUUUAUCCUUAACCUGAUCCUGGGUGUGCUGAGUGGGGAGUUCAGCAAAGAGCGUGAGAAAGCAAAAUCACGGGGCACUUUCCAGAAACUGAGGGAAAAGCAGCAACUAGAGGAGGACAUGAAAGGCUACAUGGACUGGAUUGUACAUGCAGAAGUCAUGGACAGUGAACGGACACGUGGUGAAGGAAUGUCAUCAGAUGAAGGCGGCUCAGAGACAGACAGCCUGUACGAGAUUGAAGGCAUGAAUAAAUGGAUUCUUUUUUUUCGGCACUGGCGUCGAUGGAACCGUCUUUUCCGGAGAAAAUGCCGUGAAGUGGUUAAGUCCAAGUUUUUCUAUUGGUUUGUGAUCCUCAUAGUUGCCUUCAACACCAUCUCAAUCGCCUCUGAGCAUCACAAUCAACCAAACUGGCUCAGCCAUGCCCAAGACAUUGCCAAUCGGGUUCUUCUGGCCCUUUUUACAAUUGAGAUGAUUCUGAAGAUGUAUGCGCUAGGCUUUCGUCAGUACUUCAUGUCCAUCUUCAACCGUUUUGAUUGUCUUGUGGUGUGCACUGGCAUCCUAGAGCUCAUACUGGUGGAGAUUAUCUCAAUGACACCCCUGGGCAUCUCCGUUUUGCGGUGCAUUCGUCUGCUGAGACUCUUCAAGAUAACUAAGUAUUGGACAUCGCUGAACAACUUAGUGGCAUCUCUUCUGAACUCAGUGCGCUCCAUCGCCUCACUCCUCACUCUACUCUUCCUCUUCAUUUCCAUCUUUGCCCUACUAGGAAUGCAGCUUUUUGGAGGAAAGUUUGAUUUCGAUGAUGAAGAGAUACGGCGCAGCACCUUUGAUAACUUCCCCCAGGCUCUCAUCACUGUCUUCCAGGUCCUGACUGGAGAAGACUGGACUUCGGUUAUGUACAAUGGGAUUUUGUCUUAUGGAGGACCAAGCUAUCCUGGGAUCCUAGUCUGCCUUUACUUUGUUGUUCUCUUUGUCUGUGGAAACUAUAUCUUACUCAAUGUCUUCUUGGCUAUUGCUGUUGACAAUCUUGCUGAGGCUGAAACAUUAACUUCUGCUCAGAAAGACAAAGCUGAGGAGAGAAAGAGAAAGAAAAUGGGCAGAGGUUAUCCUGAGAAAUCUGAAGAGGAAAAAAUGUCACUGGUUAGGAAACUUGAAUUUAAAGCCAAGGGAGAAGGAAUGCCUACCACAGCCAAGUUGAAAGUGGAUGAGUUUGAAUCCAAUGUCAAUGAGAUCAAGGACCCUUAUCCCUCUGCUGACUUCCCAGGUGAUGAUGAAGAAGAUGAGCCUGAAAUCCCACUGAGCCCAAGACCACGACCUCUUGCAGAGCUGCAGUUGAAGGAAAAGGCUGUGCCCAUUCCUGAAUCUAGUUCAUUCUUCAUCUUCAGUCCAACCAACAAGAUCCGUGUGCUGUGCCACCGAAUUGUGAAUGCUACUUGGUUCACCAAUUUCAUCCUCCUUUUCAUCCUGCUUAGCAGUAUCUCACUGGCAGCUGAGGAUCCAAUACGGGCUGACUCCUUCAGGAAUAAGAUUCUAGGGCAUUUCGAUGUUGGCUUCACUUCUGUUUUCACAGUGGAAAUCAUUCUAAAGAUGACUACUUAUGGUGCUUUCCUUCACAAAGGCUCCUUCUGUCGCAACUCUUUCAACAUCCUGGACUUGCUUGUGGUUGCAGUCUCCCUCAUCUCCAUGGGCAUUGAGUCUAGUGCCAUCUCAGUGGUGAAAAUCCUAAGGGUACUCAGAGUUCUGCGACCACUUAGAGCCAUUAACAGAGCAAAGGGGCUGAAGCAUGUAGUCCAGUGUGUUUUUGUAGCUAUCAAGACCAUCGGUAACAUUGUGCUAGUCAUGUUUUUGCUCCAGUUCAUGUUUGCUUGCAUUGGAGUGCAGCUAUUCAAGGGGAAGUUUUUCAGCUGUACGGAUAUAACCAAACUGACUGCAUCUGAAUGCAAUGGAUACUACAUUACGUAUGUUGAUGCCGACCCAACACAAGUUGUGCUAAAGGAGCGGAUAUGGUACCACAAUGAGUUUCACUUCGAUAACGUCUUUUCAGCCAUGAUGUCUCUCUUCACUGUAUCCACCUUUGAAGGAUGGCCUAAGCUGCUCUACAUAGCAAUUGAUACCCACACUGAAGACAUGGGCCCUAUAUAUAACUAUCGCAUGGGCAUUGCCAUUUUCUUCAUCAUCUAUAUCAUCCUCAUAGCCUUUUUCAUGAUGAAUAUCUUCGUUGGUUUUGUCAUUGUAACCUUCCAAGAGCAAGGCGAAACAGAAUACAAGGACUGUGAACUGGACAAGAAUCAGCGCCAAUGUGUCCAGUAUGCAUUAAAAGCACAUCCACUGAGAUGCUACAUUCCCAAGAACCCCUAUCAGUACAAGAUAUGGUAUAUUGUGACCUCUUCUUACUUUGAGUACCUCAUGUUCUUCCUCAUCACACUGAAUACUGUCUGUUUGGGCAUGCAGCAUUAUAAUCAGUCAGAGACAAUGGACUACCUUUCAGAUGUUUUCAAUGUAGUCUUCACUCUUCUCUUUACCGUGGAGAUGAUCCUGAAACUUAUAGCCUUCAAAGCUAAGGGUUACUUUGGGGACCCUUGGAAUGUCUUUGAUUUCCUCAUAGUCAUCGGUAGCAUCAUUGAUGUCAUCCUGAGCCAGAUUGAUCCCAAUACAUCUGAAAACGUCCCUGUGUUCAGGGCUAUUCCCAAUCCUGAUGAAACUGGACGGAUCUCCAUCACUUUCUUCCGGCUUUUCCGAGUCCUGCGCCUGGUAAAACUGCUAAACCGAAGUGAAGGCAUUCGAAACUUACUCUGGACUUUUAUCAAGUCCUUUCAGGCUGUCCCUUGGGUAGCAUUACUGAAAAAAGGUAUUUUGUUCAUUUUCAUGGUUCUUGGCAAUGAUUAACCUUCUUAUUUGCAGAUGUUUGGGAAAGUUGCUCUGGUUGAUGGAACUCAAAUAAAUCGGAACAACAACUUUCAGACCUUUCCACAAGCAGUGUUGAUGCUGUUCAGGUGUGCCACAGGUGAGGGCUGGCAGGAAAUCCUAUUAGCUGCCAGCUAUGGGCAGCUAUGUGACCCUGAAUCGGACUAUGCUCCUGGAGAAGAAUAUACUUGUGGCACAGGAUUUGCUUAUUUCUACUUCAUCAGCUUCUACAUGCUCUGUGCAUUCUUGAUUAUCAACCUCUUUGUUGCUGUCAUCAUGGACAACUUUGACUACCUCACACGGGAUUGGUCGAUAUUAGGUCCACAUCACCUGGAUGAGUUCAAACAAAUAUGGGCAGAAUAUGAUCCAGAGGCCAAGGGCCGAAUCAAACAUCUAGAUGUGGUCACUCUGUUGAGACGAAUCCAGCCUCCCCUGGGCUUUGGGAAGUUUUGUCCACAUCGUGUAGCUUGCAAGCGCUUGGUAGGCAUGAAUAUGCCCCUGAAUAGUGAUGGUACAGUUACUUUCAAUGCUACCCUCUUUGCUCUGGUGAGAACUGCCCUCAAGAUCAAGACAGAAGGUAACUUUGAACAAGCCAAUGAAGAGUUGAGGAUGAUUAUCAAAAAAAUCUGGAAGAGAACCAGCAUGAAGCUCUUGGAUCAAGUCAUUCCACCAAUUGGAGAUGAUGAGGUGACUGUGGGCAAGUUCUAUGCUACCUUCCUCAUCCAGGAGCACUUCAGAAAAUUCAUGAAGCGUCAGGAAGAGUAUUAUGGCUACCGACCCAAGAAGAAUGCUGUUGAAAUCCAGGCUGGCCUGAGGACCAUUGAAGAAGAAACUGCUCCUGAGAUCAAAAGAGCAAUCUCUGGGGAUCUGACUGCAGAAGAGGAACUUGAAAGAGCAAUGGUAGAGGCAGCAAUGGAGGAAGGCAUCUAUAGGAGGACAGGUGGUUUGUUUGGCCAAGUUGAUACCUUCAUGGAACCCAGCAGCCCUCUUCCACCUCAUGUGGCAAGCCAGAGACCUCUGCAAUUCUCCGAGAUGGGAAGUGAAGAGUUAGAUUCCCCUGUGUUCCUUGAUGAUUUCCCAGCAGGAGGAGGCACCAAUGUGAACAACAGCAACAGCAAUGCUAACAACAAUGCAGCAGCCCGGUUGAUGUAUGAAAAUGAAACGAGAGAAGACAAGCUGCAUCCACCAUCUCCUCAGUCAUCUGAUCUAGCCAACAAAUCCUAUGUCCAUCCUAAAAAGCAUCAAGGAAAAAGGAAUGAGUUACCAGCACAUGGUAUAAAUAGCCAUUCGGAAGUAGAAUAUUCCAUCAUGCAGUUUCCCUCAAAUAAAUCACAGGAGGCAGGUGGUGAUGAACCAUCACAGUCUACAAGUACAAGUGAAGGAAAGACACAGAGAGAUACAGGUGCCUCUUCUCCAGCUACUACCCAGCUCAUCCAGGAGGCACUGACCUCUGGUGGACUCAACUCCUUAGCAAAAGACUAUUCCUUCCUCAAAGUAGCAAGAGAUGAGAUGGCUGCUGCCUUCCAGAUGGAAGUGACUGAGGUAGAGGAGGUAGCUGCCACAUUGCUGAAGAAAAGAGAAAGCUCAACUACACCUCUGUAAAAGUCCCAGACUAUGGCCAUUACAAAUACCAGAUUGUAAAAUUUUGUCCCCAGACCUUUUUUCUCUGGCAGUGCUGCUAUGCAGAGUGACCUGUUUGUCUGCUUUGAGGAGGUUACCAUGAAAAGUUGUCACUACUGUCACUUGACAGGUUGUUGAUUGCAGCACGAUGAGCAAAUGGAAGAGAUGGGGGAGGGAAUACCUUUUUUCCCUUGAAUGUCCAGAGAGGUGAUUUUAGGAAUGGGAUGACCAGGAUGUUUCAAUGGGGGGCAAUGGGGUAUCUUUCAUCAAAGCCCCUACACUUUUGCGAGGCUCCCCUUGCCCUGGCCCCGGCACUGUCACAACAUAUUGAAAAACACCCUCUGAUAACUUUGUUCUAAAAAAAGUAACAUUGGUUAAAAACUAGCAUUUUUAAUAAACUGAAAGACCCAAGAA